GAGUCUGCUGACAUCAUCCAGCAACCUUGAACCAGAGUCAAGAGCACCGUCAUCAUCUUUCACUAUUGAAACAUUUGUUACUUCUGAUUACAAUCACACCGAGUAUUUUCAUAAUAAUACAAGCGAUCGUGUGGACUACAUCGUAAUACUCAUGAACUCGGUGAGCCUAAGAAUGCAACAGCUUCGCCCACCUGGCUUCAUAUCUAUCAUAGCUAUUGAAGGCUCGUUUAUAACGAACGAAUCUUAUGUAAGCCUCUACGAUUCUGACAAACUUAUUGGCAAUGAGACACUAAUACGGCUAUCUGAUCAUGCGUCGAACGAAAUAACCAUGGUUUUUUCAGACCUCGUUUACCUAUUCACAGGGCGGGACGUUGUUGAUCUGAUUCCUGGAGGCACAAGCUCGAAAGUAAUGGGUAUGGCUUAUACGCAGAAAGUCUGCUCUCUGUUGAAAGUUGCCGUUGGAGAAGACCAGCCUGGAAGCUUUUCUGGAGUGCACACAGCUGCUCACGAAAUAGGACAUCUAUUGGGCUCUUCGCACGAUGGCGAAAGUAUUUCAGCGCCUUGCUUGGCAAAAGACGGAUAUCUGAUGAGCCCGAAAGUUGGGGGACGGAAUUCUUAUACAUUUUCGAACUGUAGCAUUGCUGCCAUUGGUGCGUUUUUGGGGACCACAGACGCGUUUUGUUUACGGCGCAACAAUAACAAUCGCCUUGUUCGACUGCCUAGUUCCUUCGAAAAACUACCAGGAGCCGUCAUGAAUGGCAAGGAUUUCUGUAAGCAGUACUUUCCCAAGCACCCUGACGUCGAGUACGUGAAGUGGGAUUCUGACCUUUCAAAAUGCAAGUAUCGCUGUAAACUGGGGCUGAAGAGUAACGGAGAUCCAGAUUAUGCCAUAAGAUUUGCAUUGGAUGGAACUCCUUGCAACAGAUCGAGUCCCGAAAUGGUGUGCAAGAACACUGUCUGCAUAUGAGGAAGCAAAACUGUUUGUUCCACGGAAACGUAGUUCAUACAAGAACGCUUUUCAUUCAGG